AUGCGCCACUUGGGUGUCCUACUGCUGUAUGAACUCGCAGUGCUUGUCCGUUUGCUUGUAAAAGCUGACGAUGUUGCUGUCACGGAAGCGGGAACCUCGACGAAGAUGAUCGGCGACACUGCAUCGUCGAUUGCGACCCAUUUCAACGUCGCUAUCGGGAGGUUCCGACGACUGGAUGAGACAGAAGAAAGAGCUCCUCCCGUUCCUUCCGAUGCUAUAGUAUCACUCGCCCCGCCGAACGUUAUGGUGGUAGCCAAAUCCUGGCUCGAGUCGUUGGGACCGGUGACAAAGAGCAGCUUUGCUUCUUUUGCCGACUACAAGCCUGGACCGUCGAUGGUCGGACACUUCUUCGGGGCAUUGUUGCCGAAGCUGGAAAAUAGCAUUCAUGCUCACGCUUGGCUACGUAAAGGGGAAACUGCAGACAGCAUUUUCAAGGAAAUGGGGCUCGACGCUGGACUGAGAAAGGUCGCGUACAGUCCGAGGUUUUACACUUGGGUUGAGUUUGUCAGUCUCUUGAUAAAGCACAACCGGGCCGAUAAGGGGUCGAUCGCUCGGGUUGUAUCAGAGACGUACUCGGAUGUGGAAUUGGUGCGGACUAUUGAUGCGGCCAAAACUCGGAAGGAUCGUCGAUUGGCGAUCGACUUGGAGGCCGGGCAAACGUUCUAUUGGCUUCAUCCGAAGAAGAAGACUGGACUCGAGGUUUACACGCUGCUCGGGCUUCAAGACAAGAAAGGAAAGAAAAACAUUUUCAACCUCCCCGAGUUCUACAGAUGGUACGAGUACGUGACAACAGCGUAUCAGGGUGACAGUGCUGUGCGUGUGGUCGAGGUGUUAGCAAAACACUAUAGCAAGACAGAGCUGGGUGUGCUGUUCAAUACCGCUAAGCCGCGAGGCAAACUUCGAAACGAAUAUUGCGUGAAGGUGGAAACCGCGGUCGGCGAAAAGAUGGAAUUCGUCCUUCGCACAAUGGCAAGAAAAGAAGCGAUGGGAAAGAAAGCAGCAGAGAGGAAAAAGAAAGCAGAGGAGGGGAAAGCAAAAGUAACCGAAGGCAUCUAG